AUGGCUGGUGUGAAAGAGUUUAUCAAUUUUGCAUUGAGAAAUAGUAACACCAAUGAUAGGAUGCCUUGUCCUUGUUAUAUGUGCCACAAUUUGAUUCAUAAAAGGGUUGAUGAAAUACUCAAUCAUUUGAAUAAAUGGGCAUUUGAUAGAACAUAUACCUACUGGACUUUUCAUGGAGAAGGUAAGGACAAAACAUUUACAGGUACCGGUAUGGAUGGUACACGUAAUGAUCCUGUUUCCGAUGAGUGUGACAGGUUAGAGGACAUGUUGCAGGCAGUUGGAAAAAAUUUUAACAGUAAUCCGUCGACAUUUGAGACUUUGUUAAAUGAUUCUGAAAAGCCUUUAUAUGAUGGUUGUGCAAAGUACACAAAAUUGUCUGGUGUACUGAAGUUGUAUAAUUUGAAGGCUGGUCAUGGUUGGACUGAUGUAAGUUUUAGUGCAUUACUUGAAGUGGUGAAAGACAUGCUACCAGAAGAUAAUGUUCUUCCUAGUGGUACUUAUGAGGCUAAAAAGAUAUUGUCCACAAUGGGAUUAGGCUAUGACAAAAUACAUGCUUGUCCGAAUGAUUGCAUACUAUAUCGUAAUGAGUUUGAAUCAUUGGAAAGUUGUCAUGUAUGCCAUGCCUCGCGUUACAAGAAAAAAGCAGGAAUACCAGCUAAGGUUUUAUGGUAUUUCCCAAUAAUACCAAGAUUCAGACGUUUGUUUUCAAAUCCAACAGAUGCAGAGAAGUUGACAUGGCAUCAUAAUGGUCGUACGAGGGACAACUUACUUAGACACCCAGCUGACUCGCCGCAAUGGAGAUUUAUUGAUGAAAAGUUCAGUGAGUUCGGGAAAGAAGAACGUAAUCUACGCCUUGCAUUAUCUACUGAUGGGAUGAACCCCUUCAGCUCCCUCAGUAGCACUUACAGUACUUGGCCAGUAAUUUUGGUUACUUACAAUUUAUCUCCUUCCUUGUGCAUGAAAAGAAAGUAUAUGAUGCUGUCACUGCUAAUUUCUGGACCAAAACAGCCCGGAAAUGACAUUGACGUGUACUUGCAACCACUUAUUGAUGAUUUGAAGUUUUUGUGGGAAAAAGGUGUGGAUGUGUUUGAUGCACAUCGUAAAGAAAUGUUCAAUCUGAAGGCAAUGUUGUUUUGUACUAUUCAAGAUUAUCCAGCAUAUGGCAAUCUUUCGGGAUAUACUGUGAAAGGGAAGACCGCUUGUCCUUUAUGUGAGGAUGGGUUCAAGGGAACAUGGUUGAAAGCCUCAAAAAAGAAUAUUUUUAUUGGACAUCGUCGAUUCUUGCCGAGUGAACAUACAUAUCGUAAGAGGAAAAAAGCUUUUGAUGGAAAACAAAUGUUUGAAAGUCGUCCAAAGGUCCCAAGUAGUGGUGAGGUAUUUGAAAAGAUCAAAGAUAUUCAUAUCACAUUUGGAAAGAAAAACAGGAAAGAUCUUCAGAAACAAGGUUAUAAAAAGUGUUCUGUUUUAUGGCAAUUACCUUAUUGGAAACACUUAUUUGUUCGACAUUCUCUAGAUAUAAUGCAUAUCGAAAAAAAUGUGUGUGAUAGUCUUAUUGGCACAUUACUGAAUAUCAAAGGUAAAACAAAAGAUGGAGUUAAUGCUAGAGCUGACUUACAACAAAUGGAAAUAAGAACGGAACUUCAUCCUAUUGAGAAAGGACCAAAGAAGAGAAAGUUUUUACCUCCUGCUGCUUAUACACUUUCAAGAAAAGAGAAAGUUGAAUUUUGUGAAUGUUUGGCUGGAAUGAAAGUUCCUGAGGGUUAUUCUUCAAAUAUCAGUAGUCUGGUGUCAAUGGAGAACUUGAAGCUCGUGGGUCUAAAGUCUCAUGAUUGUCAUGUCUUAAUGCAACAAUUGUUACCCGUGGCAAUUCGUGGUAUUUUGCCUAAAAAUGUUCGAGUUGCCAUAAUCAGAUUAUGUUCCUUUUUUAAUGUACUAUACAGCAAAGUCAUUGAUCCUAAGGACUUAGAUGAUGUGGAAAGGGAAAUUGUUUUAAUUUUGUGCCAAUUGGAAAUGUACUUUCCUCCAUCAUUUUUUGAUAUCAUGAUUCACUUGACUGUACACUUGGUAAGAGAGGUUAGAUAUUGUGGGCCAGUAUAUUUAAGAAAUGAGUACCCUUUUGAAAGGCAAAUGAAAAGCUACAAAGGAUAUGUGAAGAAUUAUAGGCGUCCUGAAGGUUGCAUUGCUGAACGAGUCCAAUAUGAGGAGGUUCUUGCAUUUUGUGGUGAAUUCCUUGAAAACGUGAAGAUUAUAGGGCUUCCAAUACCUCGUCAUAAUGAAAGAAUGAAUGGGAAGGGAACAAUUGGUCAUAGACAAGUUGACUUACCUCGUGAUGAGUGGAUUAUGGCACAUACAUAUAUUCUCAACAACGAGGAAGAAGUUUUACCUUAUAUCAUCAAACAUAAGAGUUAUUUGAGAAAGGUAAAUCCCAAGGAAAAUGAGAGGUCACUGGCAAAUGAACAUAAAAAUACAUUCAGUACUUGGUUAAAAGAACAAGUAAGAAAAGAACUUCAGGAUUCUUCCCAAUGUAUCUCUGAUCGACUUAGGAGUUUAGCUUAUGGACCAAACUUCAAUGCCUCCUUGUACUCUGCAUAUGUCAUUAAUGGUUGCACAUUCUACACAAGGGACCAAGAUGAAAACAGUACAAUGCAAAAUAGUGGGAUAACUUUAGAAGCAGAGGCUGUACAUUUUGCAAGUGCUAAAGAUAAUAAUCCUGUCUAUUGUAAAAUGCAGUAUUAUGGUUUCAUUGAAGAGAUAUAUGAGCUGCAUUAUCAUGAUUUUGCUAUACCUCUUUUUAGAUGCAAAUGGGUCGACAACCAGACCGGUGUUGCCAUUGAUGAGCUAGGAUUUACAGUGGUCAACUUUAUGAAGCAAGGCUAUAAAGAAGACCCUUUCAUUUUAGCUAGUCAAGCAAAACAGGUCUUUUAUGUGAGUGACCCUGCUGAUAAGAGGAAGUCUAUAGUUAUAACACCACGAUCUCGACAUGAAAUCGAUGACUUUGAAGAUGAUGUUAUGUUGGAUGAAGCCCCUGCCACCACUCAAAUGCAUGUUGAGGAUGAUGAGAAUGGUGAUUCUUCAACUUAUGUACGGAAUGACCAUGAUGAAGGGAUCUAUGUUGAAGAGAAUAAUAUCGAGGGAUACUCGCGAAAGCGUCAUCGUAAAGAAUGA